AUGGACUCGGUUCUGGAAGCGUGGGAGGCUUGCUCCAAAAUUGACACCCUCUUCAUUCUCGUCUGCUGUGUAUUCUGCUGGCCUAUUAUUCCUGCUGUUGGGUUGGGUUAUUCUGGCUAUUCGACUCGUCGCAGUGGGCUUGCUUCAUUUUAUCCUGGUCUUAUUGCAAUUAUCGUCUGCACAGUUCAGUGGUGGAUCAUUGGAUACUCAUUGGCGUACGGCGAGGGCAACUCGAUAAUUGGGGGAUUUGAGAAAGUCUUUCAUCGUGGAGUUCUAGCAGAACCAAUUGGGUCCAUUCCUGAGAUACUUUUCUCGGAAUUCCAGUUGAUCUUCUGCGCAACUGUUUGUGCCAUCGCCGUUGGCGGGGCCUGUGAGCGCGGACGUUUGCUUCCUCUAUUCCCAUUUUGCUUCUUGUGGAGUACUUUCGUUUACGAACCUCUUGCGCAUAUGGUGUGGUCAGAAAAUGGCUUCUUGGGUAAUAUCGGAGUGCUCGAUUUUGCGGGUGGCACUCCUGUUCACAUAUGCAGCGGCGCAAGUGCCACGGCUCUUAGUAUUUAUCUAUCCUACCCCCUCUUUCGCUCUCGAAAAUCCACCGUUCGUACUCCCCAGCAUCUGAAAUUGCAUCGACCGCAUAAUAGCAUCUGCCAGUUAUUAGCGUUGGUAAUUAUCUGGAACGCCUGGCUGGCUUUUGAUGCUGGCACCACUUUGUCAUUGAACUUCAAGAGCGUGAUGGCUGCCUGCGUGACCAACAUUUGUGCUGCUGCCGGUGCUCUGACCUGGUCUUGCAUAACCUACUAUGAGUCGGGGACCUGGAGUCUCGAUAGUACAUUCAUGGGUGCAAUCUCGGGCCUCGUUCUCAUCACGCCAAGUGCCGGCUUCGUGGAUAUGACCACUGCAUUUUUCAUUGGUGUACUGGGUGCGGUGGUAUGCCGACAGGCCCUUCGCAUUAAGUUCACAAAACGUGCUGCCAUGUGGCGCUGGGUGGAUAACGGAGACACCUUUGCUACUCACUGUAUCGGUGGAUUUCUUGGAACUAUUGUCACUGGUCUCUUUGCACAGCGUGAAGUCGCUGCCUAUGAUGGAUUCACUGUCAUUAAAGGAGGAGUUUUCUUUGAUGGAAACUGGGAACAACUCGGUAUCCAGAUCCUCGAAGCGCUGAUAGGCUUUUCUUGGAGUUUCAUGGGAAGUUACAUCAUAUAUGCUUUGAUUGAUUGUGUCCCUGGGUUUGAAGUACUCGCAAAGGAUAGUGAGGUGAUAUCUGGAAUGGAUGCUUCUCAAAUGGACGAGUCGCUAUACGAAGCUCAAUGGGAAACGGAAGCAGACUAUCAUCCUUUCGAAGGUUCUGUGAGACUGGAAUAG